CUCUUCGUGUCGAGGGCCCUUACUCCUCGCAAUCUGGUAAACUCGACGUGGUUCACUCGAGACCGGCGGGCGAUGCGUGAGAGAAGCCCCGAAAGGAAUUCGCUGCGGAUGCGGACGAAGGCUGCACCGAAUCCGAAAAGUGGCAGGCACCAGACUUGGACGAGGUGCAGCUGAGUGUGUGGGAGGUCCGGUUCCGCGUCCGCACGGAUUCCAAGUACGCCUACAUCAGUUGGGCCGAGUCAGUCCGCCACCUCGAAAGAGCUGCAAUCCUGACAAGAAAUCACGCUAGAUUUUUAAAGUGCAAAAGCCCAGCCAUGCGGCACUUCGGGGGCCUCGAGACGGGCGCAGCUGCGGCAGGAAGAAGGCGACGAAGCGAAGGGGCCACGCAGAGACUGCUCGUCGGUGUUCGCCCCGAGCUCCCGGUCGCUCAGCAUGGAGCAGCUGAGGAGCGGAGAGAACGUGGACGGCGACUGCGGACACUCGGCCGCCGACAGGCCCGACUGGUUCGACGCGCACAAGUUCGACCGGGCCAAGCAGAUCUUCAGGGAACACUUGUUCAGUUUCUUCUUCGCGCACCUUGUGGGACUGGCCAUGGUGGUGACCAGGCCGUCAAUCCUGGAGCCUCUGGUCAGCACGGGCCGGUCGUCGACGCUGUCCGCUCUGUACCGGCGCUACCUGAGCACCUUGCGGCACGUCAAGUGCUGGUACGAAGGUGACAUCUGGAGCCCGGACGACGCGGCGGCGCUCAGCAUCGCCAGAGUGCGCCAGAUGCACCGCGAAGUCAGCGGUCAGCUGCGCAACCGCCGCUGCCCUGUCACCGGCGCCACUUACCUGUCUCAGCUGGACAUGGCGGUGACACAGUUCGCCUUCGUCGGCCUCGUGGUGCUCCACCCUCGCCAACUGGGCCUCUUCCUCAGCGAGUUCGAGCUCGAGUGCGUUCUCCACUUCUGGAGGUGCGUCGGCUACAAGCUCGGCAUGACCGACGCGUACAACCUGUGCUCUGGCAGCUACCGCGAGACGUUCGACGUCUGCCUCGAAAUGCAGGAGAAACUCGUCAAGCCCGGCCUCGUCAAAGCGUCCCCAGAGGCAUCUGCCAUGAGCAAGGACAUCAUUAGCGCCGUGCGCGUGCUCGUUAUCUUCCUGAGCUAUGAAGGCAUGAUGGCCUACUGGGCGAGGCAGGUCGGACUGGACUUCAACGCGGCGCUCAGCCUGUACGAUUGGUGGAGCUACUGCCUCAUCUGGCUCACCUUCAACUUGCUGCUGCGCUACAGGACGUUCAGGAACAUGUUCAACUGGCUUCUCAGGGUGGCCAUCCGGCGCGGUACAAAAUGGGGAGGGUACUUGCAGAAGCAGCUCGAAGCGCAGGAACCACGCAAGGGUAUGCCCCUCAGUUACGCAUACAGAUACCACUGAAGAAAUGCCGUGAACUGAGGCCUUAAAAUUAGCACUGAAGAACUAAGCUGGAUGUAUUAAACAUUCCAAAUUCUUUGAUAUUGAAACGAUAAUGGCUUUAACAGCAACGGGCUCUGUUCAGCCCUCGAUGGCUCACUUUCACUUGGCCGAAGUUAUGUGGAUCAGUCUCGGUGAAUGCGCACAAAGCGUACUCAUCUAAGCGAUGCCUUCAGGCAGAAGGGCAUAUUUAAGUGAUAGUCGACAAGAAGAAAACGAAGGGAGGUGAUAAUAAUACAGCCAGAAGAGAAAGCUUUGAAAGCCAUAACGUAGGCCUAGUCGAGCAAAGAGCAACGGCACUCAAUGUAAGCUGUAUAGACAAACACAAGUGUCUGAACGCUCGUAGCAGUGAUAGCAUGCGCAUCAGGACAGUUACCGCAUGAUGACAGUGAGAUCAUCGGAGAUUAUUAUCUAUCCUCGCACAAGUCAGCUUGCUGCACGAACUGACUUAUGAGAGACCAAAGUCGCAGCACUCAGAGUGCGAAAUUUGCUGAGCCUUGAGAAAGACUUUUGUGCAUGAUAUGUGAAGUGCGCCGGCAAAUGUGCAAUACCGCUGAACGUUUUUCCAGUUAUGUCCCUUCGUGGCCAACUUUAUUCUCCAAAGCAAAGUGAAUUAACCACGAAGCUGGGCGCCUCUUCCAAUUCACUGGAUGCAACCACCACACGUUCCUACCUUCUCGGAAUGUUCAAAUGUAUUGAAACUUUCCAUGAAGGAGGAGGUGCAAUUCCACGCCCGCUCGGCUGCUCAAAAGUGAAAAGUCAAUGAAUGUCUGCAGCCAAAAACUGUGAUGGAAUGCGAUUCUAAAACAAUAUGAGAGUGAAGUGCUUUAGAAUGCAUGUAGUUUUUAUUAAUGGACAUAUGUUUCCCAAAACGUUCUUUCGAUAUUUGAUGUGGUGCUUAUAUAGUUGUCGUGGUGACACUUUGUUUUAUUGCGAACAGCACACACAUUUUUGUGCACGAAUUUCUUAAUGCCACGCGCUUUCAGUCAUGUAUUACCUCUCACUUUUGUAAUCACUGUGCCUUGAACGACGAAUGUGCUGUGCGUGAGGAAAGUAAUAAAGCACGUCGACUAAAUAAAAGGUUA